CGGCCGCGUUCGGUGCUGACCGAACGCGGUGGCAAUCGCGAGUUGCGUUCGAGAUAGAAAACCGCAGCGCUUGAAAAAUGCAAUUAUUGUACCUAGGUCUACAUAGGUUUCCUAACCCAACGGGUCUGAAACAAAACGGUUCCUGUCCUAUCUGUAGUCUGUGAAUUAAAGUCUAUGAAAAUGAAUGAUGAUGACGCGAAGGAAAAAGAAAGCAAGCAGCGCCUGUUUGAAGCAAAUAUCAAAAUUCGACCCAGUUAACUUCUUGUCUUAAAACUGUUAAAAGGAGUAAAUCAUUAGACAUAUUUCUAAGUAGAUUGAAAACUAUAUAUUCGAAACAAAAUGCCACCAAAAAAGAAAGGCUUGGGACGGCCCAAGGGUUCAAAAAACAAGCAUUAUAAUGUAUUGCCAAAGCCUGGCAAAAUAAGAAUAAAAUUUGAAAAGGAAGCAUAUAGAGGUAUUUGUGAUAUCUGUAGUCGUGAGUUUAAUAACGAAAAGACAUUCAUUAUACAUAGGAAGAAAUGCAAAAAUAUUUCAAAGCAACACCUAGGGAAGGUUGUUAAAAUUGCUCAUAGCUGUAAACAGUGCAACAAGAGGUUUAAGUUCAGAGAGAGCUUGCGGCUUCAUUAUCAGAAUGAACAUUCAAAAUUGGCUGAUGCUCUGCCUUGCCCAGUAUGUAAAGUUCGAUGUCCUACUCAUACACUUCUGGACAAACAUGUACAAAGUGCUCAUGAAAAGAAAGAGUAUGCAUGUCAGCAUUGUGGAAAGACUUUCGUUAGAUAUUCCCAUGUAAAACGCCACAUGGCGCAAACUGGAUGUGAUGGAUUUGGACAAACAGUUUAUCCAUGUGAAAUCUGCGAUGCCUCUUUCACUAGGAAGGACAAUCUACAAGUUCACUUACGUUUUCAACACAUUCUACGACAGAAUUACCCUUGCAAACAGUGCCCCUAUAAUACAAAGAAUUUUUCGAAGUUAAUAAGGCACUGGCAAAACAUUCAUGUGGAUCCACAAAUAUUUACAUGUGAACAUUGUGGUAAGAACACGAGCUCGCGAGCAGCAAUCACCAAACAUCUGGAGAUCCAUGGAGAGAAGUCACAUAUAUGUGAUGUGUGUGGAUACAGUACGUUCACGGCAGAGGUGCUUCGCCGUCACAUCUUGACGCACGUGACCGAAAAGCCGUACAAGUGUGACCUGUGCGGCGUCUCUUACAUCCAACGCUCGCAGCUGCGCCGCCACUUGGAGAAACACAAGGGCAACGCCUGUACCCAGUGCCAGCAGACAUUCUCCUCCAAAGUCAAAUUACUUGUUCACUUACGUGAACAUAAAGGACUUAACAAGUUGAUGUGCUCGUUUGAAGACUGCUCUCUCGCGAAUAAAGUGUUUGCUGAUGAACGAAGCCUUGAAGCACAUUUGAAACUUCAUUUAGAGAAGAGACAGUUCGCGUGCGAGGUGUGCGGCAAGGCGUUCCACAGCGAGGUGACGAUGCGCCGCCACGUGAGCACGCACCGCCUCGACCGCCCGCGCCGCUGCAUGUACUGCGUGUGCGCGCGCGCCUACAUCCGCGGGGAGCAACUGCUGCGGCACGUGCGCAAGCUGCACCCCGACAUCUUCCGCCAGCACCUGACUCACGUGCGGCAAGUGCUGGUGAGACACGCUCCUGUACCAACUAGCUACAUCCGCGGGGAGCAACUGCUGCGGCACGUGCGCAAGCUGCACCCCGACAUCUUCCGCCAGCACCUGACUCACGUGCGGCAAGUGCUGGUGAGACACGCUCCUGUACCAACUAGCUACAUCCGCGGGGAGCAACUGCUGCGGCACGUGCGCAAGCUGCACCCCGACAUCUUCCGCCAGCACCUGACUCACGUGCGGCAAGUGCUGGUGAGACACGCUCCUGUACCAACUAGCUACAUCCGCGGGGAGCAACUGCUGCGGCACGUGCGCAAGCUGCACCCCGACAUCUUCCGCCAGCACCUGACUCACGUGCGGCAAGUGCUGGUGAGACACGCUCCUGUACCAACUAGCUACAUCCGCGGGGAGCAACUGCUGCGGCACGUGCGCAAGCUGCACCCCGACAUCUUCCGCCAGCACCUGACUCACGUGCGGCAAGUGCUGGUGAGACACGCUCCUGUACCAACUAGCUACAUCCGCGGGGAGCAACUGCUGCGGCACGUGCGCAAGCUGCACCCCGACAUCUUCCGCCAGCACCUGACUCACGUGCGGCAAGUGCUGGUGAGACACGCUCCUGUACCAACUAGCUACAUCCGCGGGGAGCAACUGCUGCGGCACGUGCGCAAGCUGCACCCCGACAUCUUCCGCCAGCACCUGACUCACGUGCGGCAAGUGCUGGUGAGACACGCUCCUGUACCAACUAGCUACAUCCGCGGGGAGCAACUGCUGCGGCACGUGCGCAAGCUGCACCCCGACAUCUUCCGCCAGCACCUGACUCACGUGCGGCAAGUGCUGGUGAGACACGCUCCUGUACCAACUAGCUACAUCCGCGGGGAGCAACUGCUGCGGCACGUGCGCAAGCUGCACCCCGACAUCUUCCGCCAGCACCUGACUCACGUGCGGCAAGUGCUGGUGAGACACGCUCCUGUACCAACUAGCUACAUCCGCGGGGAGCAACUGCUGCGGCACGUGCGCAAGCUGCACCCCGACAUCUUCCGCCAGCACCUGACUCACGUGCGGCAAGUGCUGGUGAGACACGCUCCUGUACCAACUAGCUACAUCCGCGGGGAGCAACUGCUGCGGCACGUGCGCAAGCUGCACCCCGACAUCUUCCGCCAGCACCUGACUCACGUGCGGCAAGUGCUGGUGAGACACGCUCCUGUACCAACUAGCUACAUCCGCGGGGAGCAACUGCUGCGGCACGUGCGCAAGCUGCACCCCGACAUCUUCCGCCAGCACCUGACUCACGUGCGGCAAGUGCUGGUGAGACACGCUCCUGUACCAACUAGCUACAUCCGCGGGGAGCAACUGCUGCGGCACGUGCGCAAGCUGCACCCCGACAUCUUCCGCCAGCACCUGACUCACGUGCGGCAAGUGCUGGUGAGACACGCUCCUGUACCAACUAGCUACAUCCGCGGGGAGCAACUGCUGCGGCACGUGCGCAAGCUGCACCCCGACAUCUUCCGCCAGCACCUGACUCACGUGCGGCAAGUGCUGGUGAGACACGCUCCUGUACCAACUAGCUACAUCCGCGGGGAGCAACUGCUGCGGCACGUGCGCAAGCUGCACCCCGACAUCUUCCGCCAGCACCUGACUCACGUGCGGCAAGUGCUGGUGAGACACGCUCCUGUACCAACUAGCUACAUCCGCGGGGAGCAACUGCUGCGGCACGUGCGCAAGCUGCACCCCGACAUCUUCCGCCAGCACCUGACUCACGUGCGGCAAGUGCUGGUGAGACACGCUCCUGUACCAACUAGCUACAUCCGCGGGGAGCAACUGCUGCGGCACGUGCGCAAGCUGCACCCCGACAUCUUCCGCCAGCACCUGACUCACGUGCGGCAAGUGCUGGUGAGACACGCUCCUGUACCAACUAGCUACAUCCGCGGGGAGCAACUGCUGCGGCACGUGCGCAAGCUGCACCCCGACAUCUUCCGCCAGCACCUGACUCACGUGCGGCAAGUGCUGGUGAGACACGCUCCUGUACCAACUAGCUACAUCCGCGGGGAGCAACUGCUGCGGCACGUGCGCAAGCUGCACCCCGACAUCUUCCGCCAGCACCUGACUCACGUGCGGCAAGUGCUGGGUGUGAACCCGGGCAUCGAACGCGUGAAGAAAUCCGAACUGGAGUCGAUUCUGAACGUGAUGGACGCGGAGUCGGAGCGCAUCAUAGAGAACUACAGCGAUAAGGGUGUGCUCUACGGCGGCGUACAGUCGCAAGAUGAGAACGAAGUACUGCCGGAAAAAGAGAGCCCCUUGAUGUCUGAAGAGGAUUUGGUGGAAAAUUUGGGAGUUUUAUUGACUCGCCUCAUUGACAUGGACACCUUGGAAAUCUUCGGUUGGCCUGAAAAAUCUGUUGAUGAGGUCCUAGAGAAGGUGAUAGUAAGCUGCGGCGCGCGCGCAGCUGACCGCAAGAAGUGGACACGCGUGCAGUGCCUGCGAGAGAACACCAAGCAUCUCUUCCUGUACGCUGUCGAGGACAAGAACAUCGCGCGCAUGCUGGACACGCACACCAUAGAUCAGAUCGUCAAGCACGUCAUAGCUCAGGUCGCGGACGGCGAUGAUGAAGAUCAUAAAUAGAACAAUAAAUUGUUCGCGCGUUUCUAUUCGUUAACGAUAAUAUAACACAAAUUUUCAAAGACAUGUAUGUAGAAAAAAAUUGUAAAUUCGUAGGAACCUUUACGAAAAGAAAGAAUGGCCUUUGACAUCUUCUAUUUAUCUCUGUAAAAAAAAAUCACUUAGUUAACCCUGCAGUUGUUGUUUGCCCUGUUUAGUUUCCUUUCACCAAAAGGUUGACUGGAAGAGAUUACAUUAGCGGUAAGUCCACCUUUGUACCAUCUCUCUCUGUUUUGUAUGUUUUACUCUUCUGGUGCAACAAAGAGAUUUAUCUAUCAAUCAGUUGUCAGAGUACAUCGCGCAUGCUCGACCCGCACACCAUAGACAAUAAAAUUCAUAACACAGUCCAUCACGGGCUGCGGUUCAUUUAUAAUGGUUUUAUUGUAAGAAAAUUUCAAUGUAUGACCUAUAUGUGCAUAAAUUACAUCAAAUAUCACACUCCACAGACUUAGCCAAUUCACAAUUGAGAAGCUAUUCUUGAUGGAAUAUUUAAUUUUAUAGCCUUAUUCAAUCUUGUCAAAAAUUUCAUCUUCAUUAUCUAUUAAGUAACCCUACUUAAUAGAUAAUGAAGAUGAAAUUUUUUUCUAUUAAUAUUUUAUAUAAGGUUUAAUACUGAGAUUUUGUAAAUAAGUUAUGAUUGUUUUUUUAGAAUAUAUAGGUUACUGUUAAAUAAGUUAGUGCAUAAUUUUAUAAUAAUUGAGAUGGGGACUAUCUCACGAGCAUUUUUCUGAGUGAUUGUUAUGCAGGAGUAUCUGCGAAGUAAUUUACCACAAUGAGAGUUGUUCGAGAUUCUACUUAUAUUCCAAAAACUAUCAAUGUCUAGACUAAGUUUAUGGUGGAGGGAUAUAGGUAUCAGGUCGUUUAGAAUUAUUUCUAACUAUCCUACUUUGGACCCUUCUUGUUUUAAGUCAUUACUUAAUCUAUGUAAUAAUGUGUGUGCCUUAUAAAAUGUGCAAUAGCAACAUGCCUUGUUUAUUUUAAUUACUGUAAGCGGAUAUAUGUUUCCCUAAUCAUAAAAGCAUCUAUUUUACCAUUGAAGGAUAAUUUACUGAAUCUUUAACUUAGGCACAUUUAACUAAUAUGAAAUCAGCCACAUUUAUUUACAGUAAGGCUAUUUAUAUACAGUAUCACUAAAAUACAUACAUGCAAAACAUACCUAUGUGCAAGAAGAAGCAUUUAAUGAGUACAUGAAGCAGCGUGAAGAUCAAAUCACAAAUGUUUUAUAUUGUAUACUUGUUUUAAAAUUUUAAAGGCCCGAGAUACAAAUCAAGAUUACUUUUAAAUCAGCAAAUUAAGUUUAUCACUAAUUUUUACUGUUUCAUUCACAUUGAAAGACUUAUUUGUUGUUAUCAUUUUAAAUUUUUAUUAUAGUUAUAUAUAGAUAUAAUGCUUAUUAUUUUUACUUUAGUUAUAUUUUGUGGGAUAAUGGUAUGGUUUAUAUUUUGUGUAACAUAUAAGAUAUUAAAAGAAAUUUAAAAUAUGA